CAGGACUUGAAGAAAUUAACUAUAAAAGCAUUAGCUUGUAAAUGAUUUCAACUUUCAAUUCAAAGCUUUCCUUCUUGUUUAAAUAUUUCAAUGUCGUCUCAAUCCAUGAAAGAAAACAAACCCCAUCAGCAGGUUUCUCCCCGCUUUCCCUCCUCCCUUCAUCCCAACGAUCGCCAUGAUAGCAUUUGUGGUAUAAACAUAUGCGAGCUUAUCAGUUGCUUUAGUUUUCUGUCACUGAUUACUUUUAUCGUGUUCUUGGCAUCUCAAACCCCAAAAUUCCAAGUUUCUGUGGAAUCAAUGGCACUUGAGCAGUUCAACAUAUCUUCUACUCACAUAACAGCCAAUUGGAACGUCUCUUUUUCUAUCGCAAACACAUACAGAUACUCUUUAUUUUCCUAUGAUGAUAUUCAGGCUUCUAUUCUCUUCAAGAACCAAAGUAUAUCUUCUUCAUCAAUCGGACGUUUUUCCCAAUCACCAGGUGAAGAAAAGUUGGUUCAGGCUAAUGUUUCUGCCUAUUCUUUAUAUAUAAACCAAACGUUAGCAGCCGAGCUUAUUGCUCAAAAAAAAGCAUUUGGCGCAAUAACAUGGACAUUCAACUUGAGUGCUAAUUUCACCUGCACAAAUUCUGCCAAGAGUGGUUUUUCUAGUAGGGGACAAAUUAGGGUUUCCUGUGAAGAAUUAGAGGUUGUUUUUAUUUCUAAUCUUGAUUAUGCAACUUUGUUGCAUGGACCAAUAUCAUGUGAUGUGGAUAUUUUGCAGUAGCUUAUAUUGUAUUUUGGCAAUUUUGUGUAUCUUUUAGUUUGGAAUUUUAGCUGUGCACUUAUUUUUUUUUUUAUUUUAAACAUCCGUAUUCAAAUCAUACUCAGGUAAGACAUACUCAUAAAAGGGGCAAAGAGCUCUUCUCUGUCUAAAUAUUUAUUUGUUAGUAGACAAGUCUUCGAUC